AUGGGUAAAGAAAAGAUGCACAUCAACGUGGUCGUUAUCGGCCACGUAGACAGUGGGAAAUCGACUACCACCGGUCACUUGAUCUACAAAUGUGGAGGUAUUGACAAGCGUACUAUCGAGAAAUUUGAGAAGGAAGCGGCCGAGUUAGGCAAAGGCUCCUUCAAGUACGCAUGGGUUCUCGACAAGCUAAAGGCCGAGCGUGAGCGUGGUAUCACCAUCGACAUUGCGCUAUGGAAAUUCGAGACUCCCAAGUACUACGUCACCGUCAUUGAUGCCCCUGGUCACCGUGACUUCAUCAAGAACAUGAUCACUGGUACCUCCCAGGCUGACUGUGCUAUUCUCAUUAUCGCCGCUGGUACUGGUGAAUUUGAAGCGGGUAUCUCCAAGGACGGACAGACUCGCGAGCACGCCCUCCUUGCCUUCACCCUUGGUGUCAGGCAACUCAUUGUUGCCAUCAACAAGAUGGACACUGCUAAGUGGUCCGGCGACCGUUACAACGAGAUCAUCAAGGAAACCUCCAACUUCAUCAAGAAGGUCGGCUACAACCCCAAGACCGUCCCUUUCGUUCCUAUCUCCGGCUUUAACGGCGACAACAUGAUCGACGAGUCCCCCAACUGCCCAUGGUACAAGGGUUGGGAGAAAGAAACCAAGACCAAGACCACUGGCAAGACUCUUUUGGAGGCCAUCGAUGCCAUCGACCCCCCAUCCCGUCCUACGGACAAGCCCCUUCGUCUUCCCCUCCAGGAUGUGUACAAGAUUGGUGGUAUUGGCACGGUUCCCGUCGGACGUGUUGAGACUGGUGUCAUCAAGUCCGGCAUGGUCGUGACUUUCGCUCCUGCCAACGUCACCACUGAAGUCAAAUCCGUCGAGAUGCACCACGAGCAGCUUGUCGAAGGUCUUCCCGGAGACAACGUCGGUUUCAACGUCAAGAACGUCUCCGUCAAAGAGAUCCGUCGUGGUAACGUUGCUGGUGACUCCAAGAACGACCCUCCCAAGGGUGCCGAAUCCUUCAACGCACAGGUCAUUGUUCUGAACCACCCUGGCCAGGUUGGUGCCGGUUACGCACCAGUGCUCGACUGCCACACCGCCCACAUUGCCUGCAAGUUCGCUGAGCUUCUGGAGAAGAUCGAUCGUCGUACCGGUAAAUCCAUCGAAAACGCCCCCAAGUUCGUCAAGUCUGGUGAUGCCGCCAUCGUUAAGAUGGUUCCCUCCAAGCCAAUGUGUGUUGAGGCUUUCACCGAUUACCCACCCUUGGGACGUUUCGCCGUCCGUGACAUGAGACAGACCGUUGCUGUCGGUGUUAUCAAGUCCGUGGUCAAGGCCGAGAAAUCCGGCGGUAAGGUCACCAAGGCUGCCCAAAAGGCCACCGGAAAGAAAUAG